AUGGUCACCGCUCCUUCUAUAAUCACCCAAACACUCACUACCACUGGUACUGAUGGCGGCGUUACGACUGUCACCCAGGCUAUCGUCAAUCCAACACUGAAUCCCAAUAGUGGGUCAACAAAAAGUUCUACAUUUUUUCAUAAUACAGGUGCUGUUGCGGGUGUUUUCGUGUUAGUCGGCCUUGCCGCUGCUUCCAUAGUUCUUUGGAUAUUUUUCGCUAUUCGACGCAAAAGGCGAGUGCGACAGCUUGAACAUGAUACUGCUGUUGAAGCUGCAGUUGCUGCUGCUGGUUUUGGGCGAUCACGUUUGGACGACGAUAAUGACAAUGAUCCAAACGGCACAUCCGGCUCUUACCACAAUCGUACUUCUCAAUUCUCCUCAGAAAUGGGCCAGCGCUCCAGCCUCCUUGGCUUUCCGCCUGGCGCUUCUGCUAGCUCUCCCGUCUCUCCAGCAGCUAGGUCUUCUGGUCGGUAUGACAGCUACCUUGGUGAAGACCCUGAGGGUUACGACCCUUACGCAGGCUAUGCUGAUGGGCAGGCUGUGUUGAGGGCUGCACGAGAAGGAUAUAUACCUACAAGGACAGCUAGUCCCCCGCCUGGUGCUGCACCAGGUGAUCCCGUCAUAUUUGGCGAUGACGUCGGAACUGGCUCUCGCGAUCGCCACAGUUCUUCUGGCCAUGCGCCAACCCACAGUGCGGGCAGCUACGAACCUCUACUCGCGGCGUACGCACAAUCGUCGCCUCCUACAGACAAUAGUCCUGUUGCACCCUCUCACCAGCGUCUCGCUGAUAGUUCUAGUGCUUUGUUUGACGAAUCUCGAUUUCCUUAUUCCACUGGGUCUUCGGAGGAGGGAAAUGCCGAUGAAAGAUUAGAUCCAAGCAUAAGACGUCGCACGAGGACAGAUAGCCUAGGUUCAAAUAACUUGAGGGACGAAGAAGAUUAUACACGACCCGUCCUCAAGGUUCGAAAUAUGCCUGAAUCUGCCAGCCAGGAUUCUAUGGGUUUGUAA